AUGGCUAUCAUUGGAGCUCGCACACUAACUUUUUGGGAGUUCCGUGCUUCUGGAGCUCCUGCGUUUCAUGGGGAGGGGGCCCCCAUUGUCAGUAGGAGGUGGUUAGCAGAUAUGGCUAACGCAUUCAGUACGAGUUUCUUCCCCGAGGAGGUGAAGGUUCUUCCCCCUCCUAAUGUGACUGGAGUUCUAAACAUUGGUCAUGCUUUAACUGCUGCUAUCCAGGUGAAGAUUAUAAAGUGCCUUGUUGAAAACAUUAUGGUAGAUAUAUCUUUUAAUCAGCUUGGAGGAUUAUGUACCCUUUGCUUUCUUGAGGAGGUUGAUAAUCUGAUAAACCAGAACCAUUUGUUUAAGAGGAGCAUUAUACUGAUCAAAGCCUGGUGUUAUUAUGAGAACUGCAUACUUGGUGCUCACCAUGGGCUCAUAUCAACUUAUGCCCUUGAGACUUUGGUUCUUUAUAUAUUCCAUGGUUUCAACAAUUCUUUUGCUGGACCUCUUGAGGUACUUUACCAUUUUCUGGAGUUCUUUAUUAAUUUCGAUUGGGAAAACUUUUGUGUUAACUUAUGGGGUCCUGUGCCAAUAAGCUCACUUCCAGAUGUGACUUCUGAGCCACCUCGUAAAGACAGUGGAGAAUUGCUGUUGAACAAAGUAUUUCUUGAUGCUUGUAGCUCUUUGUAUGCUGUUUUUCCUGGUGUUCAGGACAACCAAGGGUAUACCGGUGAGUUGUCUGUUGAUGCUGUUACUGAUUGUCUAGUGAUAUGUUAG